UGCCACCUUCCUAGAGCUCAGUCAGAAAGCUGUAGGGGGAUUGCGAGCUGCGGGGGGCAACGAGAAGGCGUGAUCUUCCGCAUUAGCACCUGCGGCGGGCAAUGUCGUGCUAGUGAGUUGAGUCUGUGGGUGCGAGAUGCAUCAUGAGCUCUGGGCUGACUCCUGCACAUGUUGAAACUUUGUGAUAUUGGAGAGAAAAAAGGGGAAAUGAGUUUUUCCGUGCCCGUCUCUUCUGCUUAAGCGACUUUGACAGUGUAGGACCGCUGGAUCUUCACAUCAGGUGACAUGAAGGACAGACUGUUUGACCUGCAGGGUGUCUCUCCCAAGCCUGCAGACGAGGACAUCGAUCCUGAGGAGCUGAUCGCCGCUCCAGAUGUGAGCGAUCUGGAGCAACACGCCAUCGUGUUUGAUGGAGAGGAUGAAAUGAAUGGCAUCUUCAAGGAGGCCCAGUCGAUCCGUAAGGAGAUUUCCCUGCUCAAAACGGACGUGAAGCGUCUUGGGAAGCAGAACACGCGGUUCCUCACGUCCGUCAGGCGGAUCAGCAGCAUCAAACGAGAUUCCAACGCCUUGGGACGUGACAUCAAGGCCAGAGGGGAGGCCGUGUACGCACGGUUGGAGAAGAUGGGGAAACGGAACAAAGAGCUGGAGGAGGAACACGGGCCCUGUUCGGCUCUGGUGCGCAUGGUGCGCUCACAGUACGUCUCUCUGACCGGGGCCUUCCACGAGGCCAUGUCCGAGUACAGCGAGGCCGAGAUGGUCCAGAGGGAAAACUGCAAGACUCGCAUCCAGAGGCAAGCAGAGAUCAUGGGCAAGGAAGUGAGCAGAGAGCAGAUAGAUGAGAUGAUUGAAACUGGGAAGUGGAACGUGUUCUCCGAGAACCUCCUCACUGACGGGAGAACUGCCCGGUCGGCUCUCACGGAGAUUGAGAAUCGCCACAAGGAGCUCCUGGAGCUGGAGGGCCGCAUUAAGGACAUCCAUGACCUCUUCUUCCACAUGGCCAUGCUGGUGGAGGAGCAGGGGUGCAUGCUGGAAAACAUAGAGGCAAACGUGUGCGCCACUCAGGACUAUGUUGUCAAGUCCACAGCUCACAUCAGGAAGGCCGUGAAAUACAAGAAGAAUAAUCCUUGUCGCCGUCUCCUAUGUUGCUGUUUCCCAUGUUGCAAUACAUGAGACAGUUUUCUUCUCAAACGGGGAUCUUACUGUUGUCUCUAAAGUGUUCUUUCAAAUGAUCUUUCAAACCUGCAGGACUCAAAUCAACUUCCUCUAUGUGCCAAUGCCCUAAAUAUGUGCUUCGGUUUGUGUAUUUAUUCAGCUCAGAAGUGUCACCUCCAUUUCACGCUGUGGACACAAGUAUUUCAUGUCAGUGUCCUCACCGAGCCGUUCUCAGAAAAAGACUGGGGUCUAUAUUUCAAACCACAAGUCCAUAUGCAAAUGUAUACAGUGUGAUACGAGGUGUUCCAUUUCCUGAUUGUAAAUGAGACGCGCCUGUGCAUGGUAACUGUAAAAACAUCUAAGUUUGAAUUUAUUUUUGGUACCUCUCAGCUGUGAACCUCUGGCUUUAUGCUUGAUUUUUAAAAGCAAAUGCUCCAUUACAUGAGAUAUUUAAAGUGAUGUGAAAUAUGACUUUACAGUUCAUUUCUA